AUGUCUGGACAAUACAGGAAGAAUGUACUACCCAAUACAUACAUACCAGUACAUCCUGAAACUGUGUUCAUGACAGUAUUGCUGAAGCUUCCCCGGCUGUCCCUUGUGGAAUUGUGCAGUAGGUGGCCUCGGAUCGUGAAUACUCAACCUUAUAGCCAUGGAUACAGUACCCAAAGAGCUUGCAACAAAGCUGUGAUGGCGGAUGCAGUCAAGUUCAAACAAGAGAAGACAAACAAGAAGCAAAUUGUUGACUCAAUAGUGCUUAAAUAUUGGCCUAAUGGCUUAAACUUGCUUCAACUAGCUCAGAUCGACUGUCAAUUGAUAGUCGAUAAGCCCAAUUCAUUUAAUUGGAUUCUGUCUGCUGUGAAGAAUUCUAACGGUUUAGAAGUCCCUAUAGUUUUGGAACCUAAGACGUUUUUGGAAAUGCUUUCAAAGGAUUUGGGUACUUUUUUUAUGAAUCAUAUUUACGUUUGCAAACACCCCAAACUCCCGUUGAUUAUAAUAAGAAUCCAAUUGUUUGAUCUACAGGCUGCUUCUAGUUCAAGAACCUCUAACCGCCCGCAUAUCUCUUCAAGUAGGGCCCAUUUUGUUGCUAUCCCUAUGAAUUCAGCAUAUAUUAUUCAUACUCCAGGAAAUGAUUUGGUUACCGAUAUCAUCCUUCAGGUAAUUGAAAGAAAUUUACCACAGAAGAAGAGUAACUUAUUGCAACUUAUUACAGAUAGAAAACAACAACCAAUAAAGUCCCUAGAAUCCAUGCAAAUUUUGUUUGGAAAUUCCAGGUUUGGUAACAGUUUGGGGGCAUGGUCAGCGUAUGCUGAUUCGACUAUUGAUAUUUCACCACUUGGGGCAAUAGAGGACCAUACGACCGUAUAUAAGAAUGACAGCAAAGCUCCAACAGAAACCGAAAUGGAAAAAUUGAAGAGGAUUGCAAACUUGAGAUUCAAAGGCUCUGAGGAUGGAAUAAUUAAGUCUGAACAAUUGUUCACAGAGCCCUUUAUAUUACAAAGAAGAAAGAAAAGAAAACGUCCGUUUUCAAUAUAUGAUCAUGAUAACAAAGAUGACAGCGAGACUAUCAUCCACAAAAACGAAUUCAGCUCUAUAGCUCCAUUACAGUAUGCUGAAUUUGAACUCAAGGAAAAGCUCGAUGCUUUUGCUGAUAAUAAUGACAACUCAAAUGAUGCUCAAGAACACUACACGUCGAUCACAUUGAAACUUUCUGGCCCGGAUGUUUUUGCUGGGCUUCAUGAACUAUCAGUCAUGGUUACCAAUGAAGAAAAAAUGGUAGUCAAUCCAGUAAAGAUGCCUUCGUGGUUAACGGGCGAAGAAGGUCAAAGUUGUGGGAUUGUUAAGGACGGAAAGUUUUCAAAAUUGUAA